UGGGCACAGGUGGGUGGCACUGGUGGGCACAGGUGGGUGGCACUGGUGGGCACAGGUGGGUGGCACUUCUGGGCACAGGUAGGUGGCACUGCAGAGUGGCACAGGUGGGUGCACUGCUGGGCACAGGUGGGGGCACUGCUGGGAACGGGUGGGCGGAACUUGCGGGUGUCACUGCUGGGCGGAACUUGCGGGUGUCACUGCUGGGCACCGAUCAUCAGGGCACUGAUUAUCAGUGCCCUGAUGAUCGGUGCCGAUCCCCGCUCUGACAACUGCCGGUUCUCGGCAGUACUUUCCUCACGAUCUGACAGCGUGAGGAAAGUGCAGCCGAGAACCGGAACUUGC